CGCUAGGAUGGAGCAAAGGUCGUUUAUUGAGUUUAAAACUGAUUUCAGCGCUAUAUCAAAGGUCGUUAACGCAAUAGCAUUUUGUUUAAUUCAUUUGAGUAUGAAGAAAUUGAACAAAGGCAUGUCCAUAGGGAAAUGGAAAAAAAACGAAUUAAAGUAAAAAAUAAAAGCUAAUUGCCACAGCAAAUAUUGAAACUAUUGGGAGACCAUAAACUGAUUCGCUCCGUUAAUUUUUGCAAAUUUCAUAAGUUAAACACUCUUAAUCCAUUCAUUUUCCAACUGGCUUCCAACAAAUCGCUUGCAUAGUACGUGGUUGCUUCUCAGUGAGUAAAUCAAACCUAACUAGAAACGCCUUAUUACUUCGCAACAAAAAUACUGCCAGUACAAUGGCUUCUAUAGAGGAGCGCUUUCAAGCCGCCGUCAAUGUGAUCAAAGGGUUGCCCAAAAAUGGCCCAUAUCAACCUAGCACCGCCAUGAUGCUCAAAUUUUACGGUUACUAUAAGCAAGCAACAGAAGGUCCGUGUCAUCAAAAGCGUCCUGGUUUUUGGGAUGUUGUUGGCAAAGCGAAAUGGGAUGCCUGGAAUGAUAAUCGACACUUAGAGAAACAUCAAGCAAUGGAGCGUUACGUGAAUAAUUUGCGUGAAAUAAUUGAAACGAUGUCAUUUACCGAAAACGUACAAAACUUUGUUGGUAGUAUUAGUGGUUUGGACAAUAUAAAUUUAGAGGAACUGGAUAAGGUUGCUCCAGGUAUGCGAGAACUUGCAGAGUCGCACCCGAAUUCACCAUUCAAUUCGAGAACGAAUAGUCCACAACAUGGUGUGAGUUUAAAUGGUAGCAGUGGUGAAGAAGAUGAGCUUCCCACUAAUUCCACGAUAAACGGUUCCGUCUCACGCCACAAUCAUCUCACUGAUAAUAAUUUAACAAAUGGCACCAGUGAACGCGAUGGCAUUAACGCCCCACAAACAAAUUCUACAGUUUCUGCAAUGCCAGAAAUACCUGUGACACACUCAAGCUAUGCUAUGUCUAACGGCACUGUGGAUCAGUCUGAUGAUGAAUAUGGUGAUCCGGUGAAUAUGAAUAUAGAUAUUACUGAAACAAUGCAGCAUAAUUCUGAAAUGCUUAAGCAAAUUCAAGCCACAGUGCUGCGCAUGAAUGCAGAUUUAGUAGCAGUAAAUCAACGCAUGAAUAGCUUGGAAAAAUUGUUGAACGACAUGCGUACAACUGCAGCUCAGAAAACUACAAACCAAAACAGAACCCGUGGAUACCCGAAAUGGUGGCCGUUUGCUGAUAUUUCACCGCUUUGGUUUACGUUACUAGUGUUAUGGCCUUUCGUGAUUGGAAGGUUAUCACGAGCAGUGACAGCACCACGUCGAAAGUAAAAUCAUGCGAAAUCGCAGGGUAGAAUAUGUCACAGUAGUAAUAUAACAAAUGGUAAGGAAUGAAGAAAUGUAUGACGUUUCAAGAUAUGUAUCUAAAUCUUCAACUGCUUGUAGUACAUUGACGUUACUGGAUGAAGGUUAACAUUUGUUGGUAAAGAACGAUCUGAUACUUUCACAGCUAUAUUACUUUUUUUACUUUUGCGCAAAAUAAAGUACAGAAUAGAUACUUUAUAUGCGAAUUUAAAUAUGUAAUAAGAAAGUGAAACAGCGAUAUAUAAAACUGGGAUCAGGUUUUGUGAUGCAUUGUAGUAUAACAUUUAUUUUUACAAGUAUAUGUUUAUAUUUUGUAUUUUUGCAGCUUAUUCAAUUGUUUUUUUUUUUUUUAAUGUAGAUCCAAAUGUACCUUUAUUCAACAUUCCCUAGUGAAAUAGGUAGUGCUCAAAACUAUCGGAAAUAAUCUUUAAUAUAAGCAUACUGAAAAUGUAAUAAUAUUCUUUAUAUUCGUUUUGGUUACCAUCGUUUUUAAUUUGGUUGUUAGUUCUAUUGAAUAUGUAUUGCUUAAUGUUUAUAUAUGAAUACAAGGUGAUUUCCAAAGUAAA